AUGGCGUCCCGUCACGGUGACGACGAUGGGACGGCGAGUACGAGCCCGAACACGACGAUCGACCGCAUCGACAAAACCUCAAGUGACUUCAGCGGCGGCGGCAGCAGUAUAUCUGCAGCUGGCAGACCGUCUGCCUUGGAGGAGGAGUUCCAUGUUGCUGUAGAGGCAGCAAAUGGUCCCGCAGCUACAAGAGCCGAACCGGCCACGAACUCAUCGAGCACAGCGCCUUCCCGUGCAGCCUUUGAGCAUCCUGGUCGUCCCGCCUCGCCUGUUGCGUCUGCUGCCCCGGCAGCUUCGGCUGUUCCUUUUUCCCCCGUGCCUUCUGCUGCUCCUGCCGCCUCGAUGACUUCUACCCUACCGGCUGGUCCUGGUCGCACUGCCCAACCCAAGGCACCUGCCGCUCCUGCCACAGGUACGCCAGCGGCAGCCGCACCCUCCGAUCCAACUGUGUCCUCCAGUAUCCCGAUAAGACAGUCGACCAGGGAAGCCUACAGGCCACCGUCGCCACCGCUCCCUCCCGUUCCUUUCGAGUGGCAGAGUCCGGCGGAGCGGCGGCGCAAUCAAGAGCCCGCUCCGCUGCCGCCUUUUCCUCCUGAAUGGACCUACGCUGCUUCACGCUCUAAUGCAGCACGCUCGCAACAACGACAACCAUUGGCGCCCAGCCAGACACGAUCAAGGUCAUCUACAUCUACUGCGAGUAGUUCGGCUGCGCGUCGGACAUCGACCGCUGGUGCUGAGAGCGACGAGCCACCAAUUCCUCCUGCUCCUGCUCCUGCUCCUGCUGCACCGCCUUCACUGCAGCCGACACCACAAGAACAGCGACAGCAGCGCCAACAGCGGCAGGACAUCACUCUGCCUAGGUGGCAGCCUGACGCUGAGGUCACUUACUGCCCCAUUUGCUUCCAGCACUUCAACAUCUUUGUCCGAAAACACCACUGCAGAAAAUGCGGAAGGGUUGUUUGCAACAGUUGCUCCCCGCACCGCAUUACCAUUCCCUACCAGUACAUUGUCUUGCCUCCUGGAGCGCAGCCCUAUCCAAGACAAGAUGCUAACCAGUGGGCCAACCCGACGGAUGAUGUGAGAUAUCUUGGUGGCGGUGAACGUGUCCGCCUUUGCAAUCCGUGUGUGCCGGAUCCCAACACUACACCGCCAGCAGCCCAUACUUCUUCUCUCGCUGCCACUGGUGGCUCGUCCAGCCGGUAUCAUUCACGGUCGUACAGUAGCGUCCAGAGCAGCUCUACACAGCAACGUACUGUGUCAGGUAGUGCGACGGGUGGCAAUGAAUAUACGCCUCCUCCUCCUCCCUAUGGUUUGUCCGUUCCAGACGCAAGAUCUUCACUGUCUCCUCAACUCGCUCAGGGAUAUCGUACAACGCACGGCACAAAUUCGACUGCUGGCAACGCUCUUGCGUCCGCUUCUUCGGGCGCCUCCUCAUCCUCGGCUCAAAAUCGGUACCGUCACAACCGGCUUAGCUUGCCUCCGUUGACUGCCGUCAUGGCCUCCGCUCAGGAGCAACAGCUGCAGCUGCAGUUGCAAUUGCAUCAAAAUCAACAGCAACAGCUACAGCACCAGCACCAUUCACAUCAUCGUCAUAGCCAAGGCCACAGACACAGGCCCCCGCCAACACCACAAAUUGCCGAGGAAGACGAGUGCCCAGUGUGCCACAACGAGCUGCCUAAGCGUUCGCUGCCCAACUUUGAAACCCUGCGUGAGGCCCACAUCACCGAGUGCCUUGAAACGCAAAGUCGGUACAUGGGAGGCAGCUCCAGCAGGUCGCCGACGAACGGGGUCACCGACGCGUCAACAACUUCCACCUCACUACCCGCAAACACUGCAGAGGCUUCUUCGUCGACAGCGUCACCACCCCCGCCGCGGAUGACGGGCAUGUUUCCCUACCGCGCGACGGAAAAGGACUGCGUUGAUGCAGCUGAGUGCACCAUCUGUCUCGAGGACCUGGAAGUGGGCGUGCCAAUGGCCCGGCUCGAAUGCUUCUGCCGCUUUCAUGAGCGGUGCAUCCGCGCCUGGUUUAAGAAUCAUCCAGGACGGUGCCCUGUUCACCAACACGACAACUUUGGAUACUGA